UCAACAAACACACAAUUCAGCCUUUUCGUCGCAGAGCUCCAACAUGGCGGUAGGCAAGAAUAAACGUCUUACAAAAGGGGGAAAGAAGGGUGCUAAAAAGAAAGUUGUUGACCCCUUCUCGAAGAAGGAUUGGUAUGAUGUCAAAGCACCUUCUAUGUUCAACAUCAGAAAUAUUGGUAAAACUUUAGUAACCAGAACGCAGGGAACAAGAAUUGCAUCUGAUGGAUUAAAAGGACGUGUAUUCGAGGUGUCAUUAGCAGAUUUACAGAAUGAUGAGGUUGCAUUCAGAAAAUUUCGAUUGAUGGUUGAGGAGGUACAAGGAAAGAACUGUUUAACAAAUUUUCAUGGAAUGAAUCUUACUAGAGAUAAGCUCUGCUCAAUGGUCAAGAAAUGGCAGACAUUGAUUGAAGCCAACAUUGAUGUUAAGACGUCAGAUGGUUAUCUAUUGAGGUUAUUCUGUAUUGGAUUCACAAAGAGGAGACAAAACCAAAUUAAGAAAACCACUUAUGCCUACCACACACAAGUCAAGUCAAUCAGGAGGAAAAUGGUUGAGAUUAUGGUACGAGAGUGUCAAAAUGUGGAACUGAAAGAAAUUGUCAACAAAUUGAUCCCAGACAGCAUUGGUAAAGACAUUGAGAAGGCAUGUCAGGGAAUCUUUCCUCUACAUGAUGUACAUAUCCGUAAAGUUAAAGUCCUUAAGAAACCUAAGCUUGAUGUUGGUAAGUUGUUAGAACUGCAUGGUGAAGGUAGUGCUAGCAAAGGAGGCGGUGGAGAAACCACAGAUGAAUCUGGUGAGAAGGUAUCCAGACCAGACAACUAUGAACCACCGGUUCUCGACGCUGUUUAAUAAACUGAUAAACAUUUGAUGCAGUCUGGUUAAAAUAAAGAUUUGCAUUCAAGUUUA